GUUUAGCAAAAGUUUGUUGAAGUUUCAAUGAAAAUUUUUUCGAUCCAAUUUUUGCUUCUGUUUAACUUAUCCUUUCUUCAUGCGGAAACAUCCACAUUGGCUCAUAUAUUCAAUGCUAGUAAAGAAAUGCCAAAAAAUUAUCACGGUGCAACUUUUAUAAAUACCGAUGGGAUACUUAAUCCAUGCACCUCUAAUGUCGACUGCUAUAAAAUGCGAGAGCCAGUUUUUUGGUGUCGUUUGGCUAAAAUUCAACAAUGGACUGAUAAAGGAUGUUAUUGCGAUCCGAUCUUGAAUGCAUGCGUCAUCGAACGGAAAACUAAACUCGGUCCAAUUACAAUAAUCCGGAAUUAUGCAUUCUGCACAUGGAAAGAAUCCUGGGAAUGCCCAUCGUAUUUAUAAAUUUUAUUCAAAUUUCUAUUUUUUCUUGUAACAGUAUUGUAAAAUAUUUGCUGUAAUUAAUAUUGCUCAUAUAAUUUUUAAUAAAUAUGAUAUGAAGUAUUACUUAACAUAUUGCGGUUUGCUAUAUACUAUAUGAUAAAAUGUAGUAAAACUUUUCAUUUCAAC